CAGACGACGCAAAGGGGGCGGAACCGUAGCGAGUGGGUAGCAACAGUUGCCCGGGUGAGGACGAAGCGCCAUAGCCACGGUAGUCGUGGUGACAAGAACCCAGCAACGAGAAUCAACAACAACAACCACCCGAUUCAUUGAAUCAAACGUAUUAAAUCAAAAGUAUCGCUGGAAAUCUCACUCGGGAUAAGAGUCCAAUGGCAACCCCAGCUUAUGUUAGGGAGCUGCAGCAGACCUCCCAGCCCCAAACGGGUGCUGUGACUUCAACAACAGGCCAGCCCGCCACGGUGACUGUGGCCCCUCAACAGUUCCUGGCUGAACUUCAGAUGACCGGCGCUUCGGCUGCCCCACCCGCCGGACGGACCACACCCCCUCCAGCACAAGUGCAGAAGAGCCCUGCUAUAGUCCAGGCCCCACCCACACAAGCCCCAUCCACUCAGUAUGUCACAGCUGAGAUUCAGAGUUCACCAACACAGUCCAGCAAUGACCAGAAUACACCACAGUACAUUGUUGUCACGGUUACAGAGGGGUCUCUUCAUUCCAGCGACUCUGUGUCAGACUCAAGUCCUCCUUCGGCUAUAGUACAGACUGGAGUUCCCACACAGGUGGUUCAGCAGGUUCAGACCGCCCAGCAGAGGUCAGUGGUUCAAGCCACCACCCAGACAACGAAAACUGAGCCGGGCACACAGCUGAAUGUCACCAACCUACAGUCUGUGCACCUGCCACAGGAGGUACAGCAGCAACUGCAGCAGGUGCCAGUCCAGCAUGUGUAUACAAACCAGGUGCAGUAUGUGGAAGGAGGGGACACUAACUACCAGACCAGCACCAUUCGCUCCGGCAGUUUUCCCUACACGGAGACCCCUCUGUACACGCAGACCACGGCAGGACAGUACUACGAGACCACCCCUGCCUCUGGUUCUGAGGCCACCUCCCCUGGCACCCCUCUGACCGUCUCCGUAACCACGGGUUCCCCCGGAGUGUCCAUGUACGUGACGGGGACGGGGCAGAUCGUGGCCAACCCCACAUCGGCUACCGGGGGCGGGGUCACAGCCGUAGUUGCGUCCUCUGGGGCGGCGUCCAACGGUUCGGGAGAGUCCGGGAGCGAGGCUAAUGGCAGCGGCGCAAGUUACGUGAUUCAGGGCGGCUACAUGCUCGCUGGGAGCGGGAGCGGAAGCAGCAGCAGCGGAAACGGUUAUACGCAUCCCACCCGCGCAUCUCCGGCCACCGUGAGUAUAAACGAAGGCGAGGACAAUAGCGUGCCGUCGGCAGACAAAAAGCUGUCCUCUGGCCCUCAGGUGCAGUGGUUACUGGACAACUAUGAGACCGCUGAAGGGGUGAGUUUGCCCCGCUCCACGCUCUACUGCCACUACCUGUUACACUGUCAGGAGCAAAAGCUGGAGCCGGUCAAUGCGGCUUCCUUCGGGAAACUCAUACGCUCUGUGUUCAUGGGGCUGCGGACCAGACGCCUGGGAACUCGAGGAAAUUCCAAAUAUCACUACUAUGGUCUGCGGAUCAAAGCAAGCUCGUCUCUGCUCCGACUGAUGGAAGACCAGCAACACCUGGCCAUGAGACAGCAGCCCUUCUCCCAGAAACAGAGGUUGAAGCCGGUGCAGAAAGUGGAGGGAAUCACAAACGGGAUGUCAUCCGGGCAGCAGCAACAGCAGCAGAAUUCCGGUCUGUCGGACAUCAGCACCCAGGUGCAACAGUACCAGCAGUUCCUAGAUGCGUCUCGAGCCCUUCCAGAGUUUCCUGAUUUGGUCCUUCAGGGUAAAGCAUUACCAGAGGGCAUUGAGCUGGAACAUCUCAAGAGCUUUCAGAUCCUCUACAGAGAACACUGCGAGGCCAUUCUGGAUGUGAUGGUCAACCUGCAGUUUCCAUUGGUGGAGACACUUUGGAAAACAUUUUGGAGAUUCAGCGAAAAUCAAGCAGGAGACGCAGCAUUAGCUGUGCACGAUGAGUCAGAGAAGCGGCUGCCCAAGUCAUGUCUGGUCGUACUUUGUAAAUAUGAUCCAGUGUUGCGCUGGAGUCGUGACUGCGACAACACGCUGUACCAGGGCCUGGUGGAGAUACUCAUCCCAGAUGUUUUAAGACCCAUUCCCAGUGCCUUAACGCAAGCCAUCCGAAACUUUGCCAAGAGCCUUGAGAGCUGGCUGACAAACGCAAUGAUGAACAUCCCUGAAGAGAUGGUUCGUGUCAAGGUGACAUCUGCCAGCGCGUUUGCGCAGACCCUGCGCAGGUACACCUCUCUAAACCACCUGGCCCAGGCAGCUCGUGCCGUACUGCAAAACACGGCGCAGAUCAACCAGAUGCUCAGCGAUCUCAACAGAGUGGACUUUGCCAACGUGCAGGAACAGGCCUCUUGGGUUUGCCGAUGUGAGGAUCGGGUGGUCCAGCGUUUGGAGCAGGACUUCAAACUGACCCUCCAGCAACAAAACUCCCUCGAACAGUGGGCCGCCUGGUUGGAUGGUGUGGUUUCACAGGUCUUAAAGCCAUACCAGUCCAGCUCGACCUUUCCUAAAGCAGCUAAACUCUUUUUGCUCAAAUGGAGCUUUUACAGCUCUAUGGUGAUCAGAGAUCUGACCCUCCGCAGCGCUGCGAGCUUCGGCUCGUUCCACCUCAUCCGUCUGCUCUAUGAUGAAUACAUGUAUUAUCUGAUAGAACACAGAGUCGCUCAGGCCAAAGGAGAAACGCCUAUUGCAGUCAUGGGAGAGUUUGCAAGUCUCGGACGAAGUUUGAACCCACUGGAUCCUGAUAAAGAAGAAGAAGAGGAGGAGGAAGAAGACAGUGAGGAUGAGUGCCAGGAAUUGUCUCUGCAGUCAGAUGUCGGCACUAUUGGCGACGAAUCCCUCGAACCACCCGCCAAACUGGCUCGAACCGACCAGAGGGUGCUGUUCAGCACGGGCAGCAUGGACAACUGAGAACUUGCAUUACAUGCACAUGCAUACAAAGCAGAUACAGACGUACCACAUAUGUACCUACAAGCACACACGUAUAUCUUAAAUCACAAAUCAUUUGUGCCCCUACAGUACCAACAUAUGCAUCUACAAAGCCGAAGUGCUGCAGCCUACACAUUUACACCGCAGUUUGUACAUUUUCCUGCCUGUCAGUGUCUCAAAUAUGUACAUGCACAAACGCAUUCACCGUAAUGCACGCAAGACUCAUAACAUGAACACAACCACCACUUUCAACAGGGUUAUAGAGAACCUUUCUGACUGAAAAUACUAACAAAAUCGCUGCACUUAGAUCCGGGAGAGUUGUUUGCAAUGGACCGAGCACUGAUUGGCUAUUGGACUCUUGAUCAAAGCUGUCAGUCAAACUCUUACAGCCUAUGAGGGCGGGACUGGAUCAGUGUAGAGAAAAGAUUGACUCUUAAGUGUCUGUUUGCGUGUCGACGUGUAUCCUUUCUGCCUCUCCGUGUGUUGUUCGUGUGGUGACGAGUGAUCGUUUUUAUUGGCUAGGAUGCAAGGGUGUGGUUUCGUGACUGUGUGUGUAUAAUUGUGUGCACGUGUGAAUGACCGUUGUGAUUCUCAAGAAGUGUUGAUAGUUUUCGUCAGUGGUAUUUUUCGAAGACGUACAACCUUUUUUCAGUUCUCGAUGCCUUUAGCGACUGCCGUGUCAUUUGCUGUUUAUAGGCCAGCUCUUAAAAAACUGUUACACGUAAGCCUCAGGGCACGUGUUUGUUUUUUUAGAGCUGGUCUGUACUUCUUAAAACAGUUUUUUAUUUAGUACUACUGUGGUCUUUCAGCCGUCAUGAAGGUUCCUUUUUUCCACUGAUAUUUAUGUUAAAUUGUUUUUUAUAAAGUUUUACGGUUCCGUUUAAAUUUUUUUGCACUUUCCUUUUGCCAUAUAUAUCGUCCUAAUUGUACAAAACAUUACAUGUUUCCAGCCUUACAUAUAUAUUUUUUCUAUGGUCACAAAGUGACAAUCUGUGUGCAGUGUUGUCUCACACUGUUUAGUGCAUAUUUGAUGGUUUGCUGUGUAUUUGGGAUUUUGGGGGAAGAUAUUUAUUAGCAGAACCCUUCGAACACUUGACCUGAGCUUUGCCUGAUGUACAGUAAGCAGAAAAACAACCCUGAGCCCUUAUGUUGUUGCAAACUUUUAUGAUUCAUUACACAUACUUUCAGGUUUGAAAUAACACAUGUACAUGUUUUGGUCACCGUUAUACCACAGUUUAACCCUUUUUGUGUUGUUUAAAAUUCUUGUUUGUGUUGAGGCAUAUGGUUAUAUGCUAACAUCAUAAUUUAAAAAUCUAUCCCAAUUCAUUCUGUAUAUAUGUGAACUUGGAUUAAUGCUACUGUGUAUUUGACAGAAAAGUAAGCGGUGGGGUAGCACACGAGGAGUUGACUGAUCUCAGACCAGCAUGUUCUUUUCUUUGCCUUUGAUAGAACCACAAGCAGACAUAUCACAACCCUCUCUAUGUAACAGCCAUUUAAAUAACAAAAGAAAUUUCACUUUUCAAAGUUGUUUUCUCAAAAAGCUAAAUGUGUGGCAGUGUUUCGAGUAACCAUUGGUAUGGUUGUGCCUUUGGAGUUAUCAAAUGAAAAGCAGAUGUUUUUAAUUGAAAAUAUGAAUAAAUUAAUCAUUUCUAAAAUUGUGAA